CUCCAGUCUUUGUACUUUUAGUAUACACGAAUUCAACGAAUAACGAACAAAAACCUCCAUAUUCACUUAAUGAAUUAUACAAAGGACAGAAUCUAUAUGAGGGGGUGGUGAAUGCCACCGCGAAGUCAUUGGACAUUUCAUCAAGAUGGGAAACACGUGUGAAAGGUCUGGCUCCGGCUGUGGUGAACUGCUAUCACGCUCGCAACCUCUCACCCUUGGAGUAUUUCAAGGCUCGCUACCGAGGCUCUCGUUACGGUGUAAACUUCCACCACAACUAACACCAGAUCUUGUGGCACCACUGGAUCUGACCAAAUUCAAAAACAAUCCUUCCGUACGGCACAACACAAGAUGCCUACACAGUCAAUACCCCAAUGCUCUGACCCCGAUAUGAGGGCGCCUACUCUACAAGACUAUCUUCGGCAAAACGGAGGCACUCAACCAAAGUCGGCUUUACAUGUGUCACCGAUAAGCAGCAGCGACAUGACUCUGCAAUUCAAGAAUGUCGACGAGGCCCGAGCCUGCCAUGCCGAACGCAGCAUGAGCUGGCAUCCACCUAGGAAGGACUCGACAAUCCCUCGAGACGAUGGUCAGCGUAAAUCCUACGUCCGCCGCUUGAGAACAGCAAUGCUGGGUAUUCCUCUCACGUUGGAGACCGCCAAAUUCUUCGCCACGCGAUGGAGACAUUCAACCAGGAGCAACCAGCCACCUUACCAUCUCCGCGAUAUGUGGACAGUAUGCGAGGAGCUGGUCGGAAUUGCUGAACGCCUCCACAACAAUGGCCCAAGAACGCUAUUAAUAUACGACCCUGGUGCCUUGAUAAAGGCGGCUAUAUCCAAACGGAUGACAUUUCGUAAGCGCAUCAAUUCGAUGAUUGACCACUUGUUGAUGUCGAAGAACGCUGUCGACUGCUUGAUGAGGGGCGAGCAGCGGAUCAUGUUUGUCGCGUGUACUGGUCGGAUUCUCAGGAAGAGAUCCAAAGCUUUACAUACAGCGACGAUACAGACUCUCGAUGAAGGCAAUAUCGCUCCACUGGUUCCGUCUGUUCCUGCGAAACAGCCGCGUAAACGAUCGGCUGAUGCUGCUCAAUUGGGAGACAGUAUAGAUAGACCGACGAAGCGUUCGAGAGGGCUUGCAGCGCUUCGGAGUCCUGAAUUACCGGAGAAUUAUUUUGAAGAAUUAGGAAGGGAGUAUUCUGUUGGCGCAUCAGCCUUGCUAUGAUUAGAUUGUUAUUUAGUCAGCGCGCAUUUCUGGCCUCGAUGAGGAAUAACUUUAUUAAAAGAAGUAUACACAUAGCUACCUUGAGUGAGAAACAUUUAUAUUGACACAAGACUAGUUGCGAGCAUUACAAAAACCUCGUCUUAGCAGUGUUAGACCUGCCGAGGUCUUCAGAAUUCUAGAAGUAAAAAGCAGGGACUCGCUUAUCGUACGCUAGCGUCAACACCCCCUUGCACGGCCAAAGAUCGGUCUGGCCAGGCACGACCGACACAAAUCUCUCGCCUUCUGUCAA